CCUGUACCCGUUACAGACACGUAACCUUACAGCCAAGGACAACAAUUCAGUAUUGGCAGAAUAUUAAGUAAACAUCGCAUGACUGUGUUCAGAGCUGGUUAAAUUCACGGUUGUGUGCAUGCAGUGUAUGCGCUGGUCUAAGUAAUGUGUGCAAAUAGUGGAACGGGCCUUGGCGUCUGGCUUUGUGUGCGCGUGGUUGUAUGUCACUAUCUGUCGUGGCUUGACCCGCCCAUCCGUUUUCAGGUGAACGCUGGCGAUAAUUAAGUUCUGGACGCAGGGCCGAAAGCACCAAACGCUACCCGGAUUCAGACUCUUCUCCUCGUCGGUAAUUUCAUUUGCUCAAUGUCUUGCUUCCACAGCCCCCGUGAUAUAGUCAAUUUCCCUCUCUCUGUCUCGAGCUCCCUCUCCUUCUGUUCAUUCCCACCUCUAAGCGGAAUGGCGAAGCGAAAAGAAAACCGGUCGGACAGGUAGAACUUGGAGAGGACUCGCCCUGGUUGGGUUUGUUGUCACCGUUAUUUUUCUAGACGCAUGCGCGGUCUUACCUGUUUCCUGCUCAAAAGCUGUACCUGCUCAAGGGGAAACCUUUGAAAUCACCGUUUUGUGCGCUGUUUGUUUGUGUGUGUUUCAGUGAGCGUUUGUGUGAGGUUUUUGUAGGUAUAAAACUGGAAACUUUUCACCUCCGCGGUUCCUACCUUGGCUUACCUGCCCGGACACACCGGAUCUCGCUUUCACCUGGGGGCACUCCCGUUUGCCGAAGUGGAAAGGAGUCCGAACUGGGAAAAGGCGAAAGAAAGAAGGAAUUGUGCGAAAUACGGAAUAUUUAGUUGAUUAAAGGAAUUAAGAGUGACCCCCGAAAGAACUGACUGCUGCUUUUUCCAUAAUUAUUGAAAACGAUAAUUUCGGGAGUUCGUCGUGUGAUUUGAAUAGAGUAAUUACGAAACGCGAAGCGGAAUAAGGGUAUAACUGUUUGCCUCUCUCCGCUUUGUGAAACUUGAGUAGGGCUCACUUCAGGAGCCUUUUCCCUCGAACUUUGCGAACUGGGGAAAAUCGAGUGUGAGAGUUCUAACGAGUCAGUUAUAACGGCGUUGGGCUUCAAAAAACGGAUAGACCAUGCCUCGAGCAUUCCUCGUGAAAAAGACGAAUAUUUCCCCUGGCCGGCGGAAUUGGAGCCAGCUCCCGGACCACGAACGCGGGGAAAUCUAUAUACCAGUCUCUCAGGCCACUCCUCUCAGUGGGGAGGAGUCAGAGGCCAGCCCGGCUGAGUGGGCUCUGUGCCUGUCUCGGCUGCAGGGAGGCUCCACCCAUGAUGACCACGCCCACGAUGGCCACGCCCACAGGGCGGAGCUCCCCUCCAGCACCGCGCAGGGCCAGCAUAGCCCCGCCCCCAGGGAGUGGCCAAAGCCACAGGGCACGCCCUACGUUCGCUCCAAGAUCAAGGUGACCACAGGUGAGCCGCUACCUGUGGAGUCUGUCCGCAGUGACCCUCCUGCUGCGGGCGUGUCCUUGGGCGUGUCUCACAGCCAAUCCGUGGAGGCUUCUCCUGGCGUGUUCAUGGUUGGGGGCGUGUCCACCCCUCUGGGCGUGUCCUUAGGAGGAGGCGUGUCCUCUGGAGGAGGUGUGUCCUCAUCUCCGGGUGUGUCUUUGGAAGGGGGCGUGUCCUCAUCUCCAGGCAUGUCUUCCGGAGGGGGUGUGUCCUCAUCUCCGAGUGUGUCUUUGGAAGGGGGCGUGUCCUCAUCUCCGGGCGUGUCUUCCGGAGGGGGCGGGCCCUCGGCAGGGGGCGUGUCCUCGGGCACGUUUGCGUUCAGCUGCCAGGUGUGUCAGAAGGGCUUCCAGUUCCAGCGCAUGCUGAAGAGACACCUGAAGUGCCACAGCGAGGCCAAGAGACACCUGUGCAGCUACUGCGGCAAGGGCUUCAACGACACCUUCGAUUUAAAGAGACACGUCCGCACGCACACAGGAGUGAGGCCCUAUAAGUGCUCGGUGUGUGAGAAGGCCUUUACGCAGCGCUGCUCGCUGGAGUCCCACCUGCGGAAGAUCCACGGUGUCACGCAGCAGUACGCCUACAAGGAGCGCCGCAACAAGCUGUUCGUCUGCGAGGAGUGCGGCCUGACUGCGCAGACGCAGGACGCCCUGCUGCGCCACCUGCGCCAGCUGCACCCGCACAGCGCUCUGCUGCGCGCCCGGGACGGCCGCCGGCCAGGGGGCGGGGCCGGGGGCGGGGCCAAGGGCGAGGCCGCCUCCCCCGACUCCUCCCCCCGCUCCUCCAACAGCCCCGACAGCGACGACGCCCACGCUGAGGACAUGAAUCAAUGACCACAUGAGUGAGUGAGUGAGUGAGUGAAUGAAUUAAUGAAUGAAUGAAGAUGUUCUAAGGAGAGCAAGAGAGAGAGAAGCAGGCCAAGUGGAAGGUGUCCACAGAGUUCCUGUGAAUAAUGUUUUAUUGUCGAUGUCCUUGCAAUUGUCCACAGAGGACCAAUGCCCCCUUUUCAUAAAGCAGUAAUCCGCACAUUAGUGCUGAUCUGAGAUCAGUUGAGCCCUUUGGCUCAGAGUGGAUGCGGUUUGGACACGGACUGGGAAUAACUGAUCCCAGGUCAGCCCGCCUGCUCUGAGACGCUGUGGAUGCAGGCCUGAGUGUCUCAGUUUGACUCCUCUUGCUUCUGAGAGUAAAACUGCCGCCGUUCUGGAUGAGGGAGACCAAACAACCGCUCAAACAACUCCACUCGGAGGAAUAUAUAUAUAAAUAUAUAUAAAUAUAAAAUAGAUUAUUUAUGAUGCUGUUGGUGUCCGGCUGUUGUACAUUUGAGCAGCUAGUGAUGUCACUGUGGGAGAUUACCUCUGGAGAGCUUAUGCAGUCUUGUACAUACUAAGAGACGGAUGACCAAGAUGAUAAAAUCUCACAUUCUGUUGAUUUUUUUAAAACUUUUUUUAAAAAUGUAUUCACAUAUUUAAAUAUCCAUCUUAAGAUCUAUCAGGG